CUACUUAUCUUUGUAAUUUUGUUUUGUUCAAGUAUUUAUAAAAAGUUAUAAAGUUAUAAAGUUAUUUAUAACAUUCUUGAUGUAUUUGUCAAAAGCCUUAAAAUGGGUUAUACAAUCCAUCGAAGGUAGUGUACGUUCUGAUGAACAUGAUAAUCGAAGUACAAGAACUGGCACUAGUGCAUUGGAUAGAUACUUACAUCGUCAUGGUUAUAAAAAAAAGGUGUCAUUCAAAACAAACCACGGUGAAGUCAAUCCAUGUCGUAAAAGUUGGGAUAAUAAAACUGAUCUGGUUCGUGAUCAAUUGGAUAGUGAAUAUUCUAAUCGCAAUGGACUAUCAAGAAAUAAUGGUCGCCGACUUAAAACUUCUAAAAUCAAUAAUACACCCAUGGAUAUGGAUGUGAAUUCAUGCAAUAGGUCUUCUCCUGAAAGAAAUCUUAAAAUCGGAAAUUCACGGUCUUUGAAAAAAAGCAGUACUGGGUGGUACACAGUAUUUGUGCCAAAUGUUGAAGAUAAUGUCGAAGUCUUGCAAAUAAUACAAACGCAUAUCAAACCAGUUACACUAUAUCCAUAUAAUAAACAAUAUUUUGAUUAUGCGAUAAGAUUUCUUGUUGAUAAUUACAAGGUUGCUAAAGCAUUGCACGACGCUAGCUAUAAGAUAAAACAAAGAGAUGAUCAAGAAUUAAUUAUAAGCGUGUUUCCAUAUUUACCUCCACGUGGUGCUAUGCCAUCUACACUAGAAGUAUUCGAUGAAGUAAGAGAGAUAAUUAUAGAAACAAUGGCGACCCGCUACAAUCCUGGAACCAAGAGUUUGGAUUUGUCACGUUAUUAUGCAUGUCCAUUAUUUACCGACAACCAACUGUUUGUAACAUUAAAUCAACCAGCAGUUCUUUUAGCAGUUUUGAACAUAGUUGCUCAGCACACCGAUUUGUAUAGUUUAAAUCUUGCAAAUAAUCAUAUUUAUUUAGGAGAAAAUCUUAUAUGGAUACGGAGAUUGUUUCCUGAUCUGAAAGUGUUGGAUUUGGCUGGAAACAAAUUUUCUGAUUUAAAAGAAUUAAAGUCUCUUUCUGGUUAUACUAUUGAAGUGCUGAACUUGGAGGGAAAUCCUCUGUGUGAUACAGUAGACAAAGAGCGUUACAAAUGGGACUUACAACAAUUGUUUCCUACGCUGAAUAAGUUGGUAAGUAUCAACUAUUUAAUCUUAUUUCAUUUUUACGCUAAAUGUUGGCGAGGAACCACAAGAUUGAUAUUUUUAUUGUGCUAGCUUAAGAGGUUGCCAAACUAGCAUGACGUGUUGUCUUGUCUUACAUACAUACAAUGAUACAAUCGGAGACGCAUUUAAGAAUUUUGCACCCCAGGUUAUCUGAGUGCCAUUACUUUUUUUUAUCACUGAAUUGACCUAAGUGCCGUAUUGUAUUAAAAUGCUCUUCAAAAUUUACCGUCGUGGCUAAAGCCCCCCUGGCUAUGGGGCAAAAGGAUAUGGAUUUGCACGAUCGGUCUCUUCAGGUGACGACAGGUGAGCUAGCAGGCUCUCCGAAGUCGACAUCGGGUGACCGUGGGGAUAUGAGAGUGGCCAUCCAGGCUCCCGUACUUUUACUACUGGUGCUGAGACAGUCGUGUCUCAAAUUAACACGCAACCAUCCAUCGUGGGCGGCAGUGGUGAGCAGCCACUAUGUUCGGCUAUGGAGAACAUAGAUACCGACAAAGUACCUCGUUUACCUAAACCCAGAGUCGUCUUGUAUCCUUCUGAACGUGUACAACUAGGUUGGCAAGAUGAAAAAAUGGCAGUUGGAUCUGGAUUAGUCAAUACUGGUGUGAUAUGUUACAUCAAUUCUACACUACAAGUAUGUGGAACAAUUUAAUUAUGUUAUUAAAGUAUACAUAUUUUAUUUUAUUUUUGUAAAUAUGUAUAGGCACUAUUUCAUACACCUGCAUUUACAAAUUGGCUAUUGAAUGAUGAACAACAUCAAAAAAUACCUAACCUAACCCAAACUUUACCUCCAUUAACCUCGAUUAUUGUUUUUUAUGUUUUUAUACUAUCCCCGUAUAGAUGUCACGCGAAGGUGAGGAGCAUCUGGCGGGCCGGGACAGCCGGUGGCGGCCGAGCCGAGGCCACAUGCGGUCGAGUCUGGAGGACUUGGUGUGGCAGACCACCUCCCAACUCGACAUCUUGCGGCAGACCAGGGCGACGCUGAUCGGGCUGGGAGCAGAGUUCCCUCCGGACGCACAGCAGGGACUAUCGGUCCAGCAGAUCGGCGACGUAGACACGGCGGAGCUACGGGCCGAUCCUCGUCUGUGGGUGGAGUAUGAGCGCGGGUGGCGCGAGCACGCUAAGGCUGCACCGGCGAGUUCACCGGCACCGACGGACCGUCGGCCCAUACCGGGGCCAGUCCGCCACACACAGCGGACGGUCCGGAAGGCGACCACGGCGAAGCCACAACCGCGGCCGGCACGCGCAGCACAGGGAACAGCGCUGGCCAGUGCCCUACAACCGGUGCACAGACGUCCCAGCCAGCAACAACGAUGGAAGGCUGUCGACCGUCCAGCCGCGGCUACAGCCGCCAAGCGUUCCACCACGGACACAGCCACCGCCUCCAGCCCCGAUCCCGGAACGUCAGCCGGAAACUGCGGUUGACGCUAUUCCCCGGGAGGGGACCCCGACCGUAGACGAGGAUGCUUGUCAGGCCCCUCCCUCCAGCGUUCGUGUCACACGAACCAAUGGUGGUGGGCGGUGACGACAUCCUGGUCGAUAUCGAGGUCCUAUACCGGGAAUAGUCUUGGCAAGUGGGAAACUGGGCGGUAAUCGCUAGUUCCCCCAUCGCAACUGUAGGUGCCCGGGGCACCCGAUGGCACCACACGGCUCUUGACAAAGGUGUCUUAUCAGCUUGGGGGGGGGGAGAGUUGACACGGUCGUGUCGCACGAAUACCGCGAUCUCACCCGCUAGACCAGUGGUUCUUAACCUUUUGUAGAUCACGGACCCCUGAUGAAAAAUUUUUAGAUACCGUAGACUUCAUCAUCAAUUUUUUUGAAUACGAAUUUCGACGUAUUAAGGCUGUCGCGGACCCCCAGGGGGCCGCGGAACACAGGUUAAGAACCGCUGCGCUAGACCCCCUUGCCUAGGUAUCACCACUCGUUCGAUAAUCAACGGGACACCCGAGCGAUUAAUCGAACCAGUUUCUGAGUCGUCGAUGAGCCCUGAAGCUCCCGCGGCGUGGGUAACGACCGCCGAGAGCUUCGGCGGCGUUUGUCUGUUGUUAACCGUUCGUUACGACUGAUCUCCGCCCGCCGCCUUACGCAGUCCGUGCAUUUUCCGCGACUGGUGAAAUAUUAUCUUUUUAUUUCUUUUUUUUUUGUAACGACAGUGACUUUUUCUUAUACAAAAA